UGGAGAGUGGAUUUGUACAUUCUGUCGGGAUUUGUCCAAGCCAGAAGUUGAAUAUGACUGUGAUAAACCUGCUCACAGCUCUGAAAAAAGAAAAUUGGAAGAUGCUGCGGGUUUGGCACCAAUAGACCGUAGGAAGUGUGAAAGACUGCUGCUAUACCUCUACUGUCAUGAAAUGAGUCUUGCUUUUCAAGAUCCAGUUCCUUCCACAGUUCCUGAUUACUACAAAAUAAUCAAAAAGCCUAUGGACUUGUCAACCAUCAAGAAAAGACUUGAAGUGACCAAUUCAUUCUACACAAAGCCAGAAGAUUUUGUGGCUGAUUUCAGACUGAUUUUCCGGAACUGUGCUGAAUUUAAUGAGCCUGAUUCAGAAGUGGCGGAUGCUGGCAUGAAACUUGAAGCAUACUUUGAAGAACUUCUAAGGAACCUUUAUCCUGAGAGAAAGUUCCCUGUACAACCCAACUGCCAGAGUGAAAAAGAUAAUCCAGAACAUACUGAUGACUCCGAUGAUGACUUUGUACAGCCCCGGAAAAAACGCCUCAAAGGAGAAGACCGUCAGUUGCUUAAAUGAGCCGCAUGUGUUACUAUGGAAAGUUUUUUAAAAACUAAGACUAUUUAUCACUGUUAAAUGUGACAAGGGGUAAAAACAUGACUGCUGUGACUUGUAGGUUUGUGGAUAUUUACUAGACUUUCGACCCCUUGUCUGAAACACAAAUCUAAUGGAGAUCAAGGCAUGUGGAGAGCUUUUCUUGAAGUUCCAAACUUUCAUCAUACUUCUGGAGCACCACAGAAAUUGCCAUUUGCGUGGGGUACAGCUGUUUAACUUUACUUUGAUGAAGAAAAGAAGUUUGUAUAGAAUUGAACUUGAAAACAUUACAUGGGUUCAACAUGUGGCUUUCUGAGUUGGAAGAAAAUGUGAUCUCACCAGACUUUUAAUUUUACCAAAGGCAUGUGGCUGGCCAUAAUUUGAUUUCUUAGUACUGUAUUUAACACAAGCCAUGAAAACAGAUGGUGUAAUAUUAUUGUCCUGCAAUACUGACUGGUACAAUGAAAGUGUAGUUGCCCCCAAAGAAAUUAUUGGUAAUUUUAAAAUGUAAAGGAGAGUGUAUUAAAAAUAACUUUAAAAAAAA